UUCGAUCUAGCGAGGGGGUGGCAGCAUAGAAAAGAGUUUGUCAAUUAACAUCGUCGCGCGAAGUGACCGAGCGCAUGGCUCUUGUUGAUUGCGUAAAUCUAUUUACUGUGGAUUUCUCACUCGGAAAGAAGAUAAAAGUUCCUUAGAAGGAAAUCCUGGCGGUUUUGCCUCUAAAUCAAGUAAUUGGGCCCCAGCGACUAGGACAUCGAUGGAUCAAAAUGGAAUUGAGGGGUCCGAACCGAUCGUGACAGCAGAUUCCGAGGAACCCAACGAAAAACCCACCACCGAGCAACAUCACGAAGCGCCCAGCGACAACCAGCAACUUUCCCCCAGGGAUGAGAAGUAUUAUCAAAAUGCCAAAGAGUACUGGGCCAAAAUUUCGCCAACCGUCGAUGGCAUGCUGGGCGGGUUUGGGCAGAUUUCGUUUACCGAUGUGCGUGGAUCGGACCAGUUUUUGAAAAAUUUGUUCAAACUGAAGCCGGCACCGGGUCGCACGUUGGCCUUGGAUUGUGGGGCCGGAAUUGGGCGCGUAAGCAAGAAUCUCCUGAUGCCGUUCUUCGAACGGGUCGAUCUGGUGGAACAGGACGAACACUUUUGCCAAACUGCCGAAAGAGAGUUGAGACCCAGUGGACGACUGGGGAAGGUCUACAAUGUUGGUUUGCAGGACUUUCGUUCGGAGGAAGAUGGUCGGUACGAUGUGAUAUGGUCCCAGUGGGUUUUAGGACAUCUGACGGACGAUGAUAUCGUGGAUUUUUUCUUUCGCUGCACAAAGGCGUUGAAGCGGAAUGGAAUGAUGAUCAUCAAAGAAAAUUUUACUAAUGCCGACAAGCCAGAGCUGGAUCGGCAGGAUUCAUCGGUAACGAGACCUUUGGCACUCAUGAAGCGACUGCUAACCAAAGGUAACCUACGACUAGUCAAAGAGCAGCGGCAGAAGGAUUUCCCCAAGGGUUUGUAUCCUGUUUACAUGCUCGCCCUGAGGCCUAUAAUAAAAAGCUGAAAGCGUAUACCUAACUAUAAA